UUUCUGUUCAGGUUCAGAGCUUUCAUCACUCUCGUAUAAGAGUUCGUUCGUCUUGUUCAUCCAUGGAAGCAAGGCCAGAGGGCUCAAUGCAGCCAUUAAUGGUGCCUCCACCGAGAGGGGAAGAGGCGAAUCGUUAUUCUCACAGAUCAAUAGAGACGCUUGUGGUGGUUCUGGCAGUGAUCACAAUAGUGGGUGUGCUUGCAGGGAUAGUGGCUCGUCUCUGCGGUGGAAGGCACUUCGGAGGGAAUGGAGAGAACGAUAUUGAAGGUUGGGUUGAGAAGAGGUGUAGAAGUUGCAUCGAUGGAGGCCUGCCUCCGCCGCCGCCGCCGCCACCGGCAGAACCAAAGACAGAACCGGCGGCAGGAGAAGAAAAAAAGUGAAGACUGUGAGAUGCAGAAUUCUAACAUUGAUUUGUAAGCUAGUAAGUACAGAGCUUGAUGAAUGUUUCUGAAUAUAUAUAUAUAUAUAUAUAUAUAUAUAUAAGGGGGUAAGGGGAAGUUUACACAGCUUUUUAACUGCAAUGUAGCACUGUGUUAGUUGUAAAACACAAAACAUUCAUGUUUGAGU